AUGAAUGAGCCACUAGACAGCUUAGCAAAUGCUUCUGAUUUCCCUGAUUAUGGAGCUGCUUUUGGAAAUUGCACUGAUGAAAAAAUCCCGUUCAAGAUGCAUUACCUCCCCAUUAUUUAUAGCAUCAUUUUCAUCGUGGGUUUCCCAGGGAAUGCAGUGGCAAUUUCCACUUACAUUUUCAAAAUGCGCCCUUGGAAAAGCAGCACCAUCAUCAUGCUGAACCUGGCCUGCACAGACUUGCUAUACCUAACCAACCUCCCUUUCCUGAUUCACUACUAUGCCAGUGGUGAAAACUGGAUCUUUGGGGACUUUAUGUGCAAGUUCAUCCGUUUCGGCUUCCACUUUAACCUGUACAGCAGCAUCCUUUUCCUCACCUGUUUCAGCAUUUUCUGCUACCUUGUGAUUAUCCACCCUAUGAGCUGCUUUUCUAUCCACACGACUCGAUGGGCAGUGGCAGCCUGUGCUGUGGUGUGGGUCAUUUCCUUGGUGGCUGUCAUGCCCAUGACCUUCCUGAUCACAUCCACCAGCAGGACCAACAGAUCUGCCUGCCUUGACCUCACCAGUUCGGAUGACCUCACUACUAUCAAAUGGUACAAUCUGAUUUUGACUGCCACCACUUUCUGCCUCCCCUUGGUGAUAGUGACACUGUGCUAUACAACCAUCAUUAACACCCUAACCCAAGGGCCUCAGACUCAAAGCUGCCUUAAGCAGAAAGCCCGAAGGCUGACCAUUCUGUUGCUCAUCAUCUUCUAUAUAUGUUUUAUACCCUUCCAUGUCUUGAGGGUCAUUCGGAUUGAAACUCGCCUGCUUUCCAUCAGCUGCUCCGUGGAGAAUCACAUCCAUGCAGCUUACAUCGUUUCUAGAUCAUUAGCUGCCCUGAACAUCUUUGGGAAUCUGUUACUCUAUGUGGUGGUCAGCAACAACUUCCAGCAGGCCAUCUGCCCAUCCAUGAGAGGAAAGGCCAGUGGGACCCUUGAACAGACAAAGAGAGUCAGUUGCUCAGUCAACCCUUAA